ACUAUAAUGAUAACAGAUAACAUGACUAAAUGUUUACAUAUUAUACAGACUGCCGACUGAACUUGAAUGUAAAAAUUUGUGUAUUUUAUACAUUUUUUUUUCAAUAUUUUGUAAUGUGUUAGAUGUACUGUAAUCAACAAUGGGUGGUUUUUUCAGUUAUUUUAAAAGUUUAUUUGGAGAAAAAGAGCUUAGGAUACUAAUUCUAGGUUUAGAUGGCGCAGGAAAAACUACUAUUUUAUAUAGACUACAAGUUGGAGAAGUAGUGACUACUAUACCUACUAUAGGUUUUAAUGUUGAACAAGUAAUUUAUAAAAACUUAAAGUUUCAAGUGUGGGAUCUUGGAGGUCAAACUUCUAUCAGACCUUAUUGGAGAUGUUAUUAUUCAAAUACAGAUGCUAUAGUCUAUGUUGUUGAUUCUGUUGAUAGAGAACGGAUGGGUAUUGCUAAAGAUGAAUUAAUGUACAUGUUAAAAGAGGAGGAAUUGAAUGGGGCUAUAUUAACAAUAUUAGCCAAUAAACAAGAUAUUGAUGGGUGCAUGAGUGUUACUGAAGUUCAUCAAGCUUUAGGGUUAGAUAGUUUAAAAAAUAGAACAUUCCAAAUAUUUAAAACAUCAGCCAAAAAAGGUGUAGGCUUGGAUGAAGCAAUGGAUUGGCUUUGUAAUACAUUACAAAAUCGUAAAUAAGUGAUAAGUUUAUGUAAUAUUAUCUUUAAAAUUUGUGUUUGAAUAAUGAUAAACAUUUUUUUUUUUUUGACAGCAUAAUUAUGGUCAUUAUUAUUAAAUACAAUACAUUCUUAAAUUGUGAUGUUUGUUUUUAAAAAUUUAAUCACAGUUUUAUUUUUGUAUAGAACUUAAACAUCCACUUUUAUUUAGAUUUAAAAAGAAAAAUAAGUCAUUAUUUAUUUAUUUUAUUGAUAAUUCUACGUAUAUUUAUAUAAUUAUU